GAGAGCACGUUCCCUCACUUCCCCCCAACCCCUUUCUUUGUCCAAUAACCAAUACGGAAAGAAAAGCAAAGCUGAAAAGUAAAAACCCUAGCGGCCUAGCUUGCUUCCACAGUUCUACCACCGUCGAACGACUGUCGCAGACCGCGGUUGUCCGCAGCAUCCCUGUUCAUCCUGUCCCCAACCCCCUGUUCGCUCUGUUUUGUCUUGGCUCGGUGUCCAUCCUCCAUCUAACCACGGCUUCUCUGUUUGUGCUGCUCACCGUCAUCUCAUCACCUUCGUGAUGCUCUCUAUCAUCUCAUUGUCGUCCUGCUCUCCGUCGCGCUCAACCCCUGUCGAAGAGAGUGUCUCAAGGUCUGUUAUGCAGAGUACAUUAUCUAAAGGAAGUACUUCUCCUUUCGGCUCUUACUAAGGGAGACAUGAAAAUAAUUGGGGCCUUGCAUACUUGUUGUCAAAAAUUAGGUUCUGUCCUUUAUAGUAGAAGUAGGUCCAGAAGCCUUUGCAUUGGCAGAUGCACUCCUGAGGUACUUUCUCAUGCUUUUAGAUUGGGAGAUUGCAGACGUGACACUGUAGUUUUGGUAAUGCCAUUUUCAGCAAGCUUCUAAUUUGUUUAUGUAGUACUCUCUAAUUGCCAAUUGUUGUACAAAUGAAUGUGUGAUGUUUAUUGAUUGUCUCUCUAUUCUCUCUUCCUUUUAACCUCUUGUUGACUGUGAUAGAGUUGCUUCCCUAUGUUUAUUCACUAAAAUAUUUGUAUUUUAAUAACAUCAUAUGGCUUUGGUUGAUGAUAUUUCAUGUAGUGUUUUAAAUUUAGAAGAUAUUUUAAUAUUUAUAUUAUACUAUAAUUAUAUUUUAGGAUGUUUAUUUAUAAUUUAUUUAUUAUUUUAUUCUAAAAUGAUUUUUUCGGUUAAACUAUGCUUGGAUCAGUUGGACCAGUGAAUCAGUGACUAGAGCGGUUCAAUGAUCGGUCAAAUUCUCAUAACCUUGGCAUGUUUGGCUUGUUAGGUCAGUCUAGACCUCUUAAGAACUACAAAAUUUCAAUCAGCAGAAAAGCUUUUGGAGCACACUCUGAUCAAGGUUAAUUUUCUUUCAACUUUGUCAUUUGUUAUGAGUAUGAUGAUUUUGAUUAACUAUUAUUGUUCUAGGUAUUAUCUUAUACCCAUUAAUUGAUUCUCCACAACUGACACGCUAGCUAGUUUCUCCAGCAACAAGCCUUGCAAGAUCAAUGUACCAAUAAUAUUUCAGUAAGAAACAUAAAAUCAGUAGUAUGAAUAAUCCAUUGCCUAUUUCAUGUUUUGUGGUAGUGAAUGAUAACUUAGACUUGUUGUAUCUCUGCUUAUACAUAUCUAAAGUUUAAUUCUUAUUCAUUAUUGGUCCCUUGCCCUAGACACAAUUUGAUUUUGGAGGCUGCCUUUUGUGCUAAUAAAAAAUAAAUAGUUGGAUGGGCAUGUAUGUAAUAAUGUUAUAUUUUUGUUACAUUAAAUUCUUGAAUAUUAAAAAUGGUGAUGUAUAUAAUUUUAAGAUAUUAUACAUAAAUAAAAUAUAUAUUAUUUUGAAUAAUUUUUAUUACAAUUUAAUUUCGGAAGAUUGAAGUAAUUUUCAUCGGCGGUUAAAAACUGCACGGUAUAAGCAAUGUUUGACCUUGGUUGCCAUGAAAAGGGACCAUAUUAGUAAUGCUCUUGUGCCAUGCUUAUACAAUGCUACUCUCUUAACUCUAAGCAUAUAAUAACAGAUGAAAAAGGGCCUAAGGGCUAUGGCGAUAGUAUAUAUUAUAUAUAUAUAUAUAUAUAUAUAUAUAUAUAUAUAUAUAUAUAUAUUAGUGUCUUUUUCUUUCUUUUCAAUUGGUGAAUAAAAGAUACUGUUAAAGUAAUUAACAUAUGUGCCAUGACGCACUACAAGAUUAAUAUUGAUUUGAGGGAGUAUUUUGAUGGAGGUUUUAAAAAUCUCCAUAAUAUAUUUUAUCUAUGGCAUUUUAAAAAACCUCCACUUAUAAUUAAUUAAAAUUCAAAGUUUUGGAAUAAAACAUCAUUUUCUCUUUUUUUCCCCAAAAUGUGAGGCACCGAGUUCACUGAGAGAGAAUGAAACCCUAAGUUUUCUACAUACGUCAUUCUUGCCGCUGUUCUCGCUGCCGUUUCCGCCGCCGGUACCGUCACUAUUGCUGUGUCCGUUGCGGCAGAGAGCUUCUGGAUCGAGAACUUCUGGAUCAGGGAGGUUGAUGUUUCCCGGUUAGAUCCGUUACGAGGAUUUCAUCGCCAGAAUGGUUGCUAAGUAAACUCCUCACAUAUCAGAUCCUUGCAAAUUCCAUUCGCUCUGCUUCUGGAUUUACCUAAAUGCGUUCUUUCAUUUUUUCAGCUAUUUCUGUAUUGCUGUUUCUUCUUCUUCUUAUUUAUUUUUGGUUAACCAUGUUAUGUGCAUUUUGGUUUUUUGCCAUAUUAAUGUCAUCAUGUAGCUAACAAUGGAUGGUUUUAGGAGGGAUUCAAAAGUUGCUUGGAUUGAAUAUAUGUGUAUGGUGAGAUCCGAAGUGGUCUUUAUCUGCUUCUGCUGUAAUUGUUUAUUGGCUAAAUAGACUACGGCCAUGGUUGGGCAAAUGUGUGUGUUGUGUGUGUGUGUCAAACUUGUGUUCUAAUUUCAGAGAAGAAGAACGAGCAGAGCAUUGUUUUGGGGGGUUUCAAGUUUCGAUUAUUUUAUUUUUGUUUUUCUGUGAAAUUUUGUUUUCGGAUUGAAUGUGACUCGGAGCGCGCAGCCGAAAGGGUGAAAAUGAAUGAGGAAAAAAAGAUUAUUAUAUGAAUAUUUUUUCCCUUUGUUUGAUGCUUUUGCAGGUUUGAGUUGAUAAAGUUUAUCAGUUUAUUCUGCAACUCAUCUCACUCUCACUCUCCAACUAUAUUUUCUUCCAUGUUAUCAUUAUUUUUCAAAAAUCUCAAUUGGAGGUAAAUUACCAAAUUUGACAUGAUAAUAAUAUCUACAUUUAAUUUACAUCUUGAGAUGGUGGCUUUUUUUGUGUCUAACAAAACUGAUACCAAUUGUCCAUGGUCCACAGUCCAAUUGCAUGCUCUACGUUUUUUUUUGUUUCUUUUGUUUCCAUGUUUCACUUUGCAUUCUUUAGCAAGCUUGUUACAUAGUAAUGGUUGUCAACUUAACUUUUUCUUCUAUCAAAUGUAAAUGCAUCCCAGCAUGGUUGACGUUAUUAUCUACCUAUUGUUUCAUUGAAUUGAAUCUCAAAUCUAAUGCUGGAUACUGAAUUUGUGUUAGGAAAAUGGUUAUCAGCUACUAUUUCUGAGUGCUCGUGCAAUUGUCCAAGCUUAUCUAACCAGGAACUUCUUGAUUAACCUGAAACAGGUAUUGAAAGUUGAAACUAACAGUUUAUUUUCAAUUAUAUUGUAGGUUUAUUUUUAUUCUUUCAUCCAGGAAUUUAUAUAUGAGAUUUUCUUAUGAGGGUUUUGUUGGUCUUAGAAUGCAUGAGUAAUUAAGUCCUCAUCUGUUUAUUUAUAUCGUGUUUUUCUUUAACUGCCUUUCGUCUUACCUUAAACUUAGAUCUAUCUCUCUUUAACUGCCUUUAACUGCCUAUCUUUCAAGAUUUGUUAUUUGCUAUAAUUAAGUGACAAGUGUUGCUCUGAGCCCUGAGCUUGAGGCUAGCGGAGGAAACUUGCUAUAAUUAAGCGGAGGAGACAAGAUUUGUUAUCUAUAAUUACUGAUGUUGACUUUUCCAAAGAUGCAGAAGCUUUUGUUGAUGGAUCUUGAGAUCUUCCUUUCUUGAGAGCUUCCUCUAUUCUGUUGCAACUUUCUUACUGGUAUUCCCUUUUAUUCUGUAUUUUUUUAAGUCAAGACAUUAAUUACUAUUAUGUUAGGAGUGAUAAUUAAUUACUUUGUUUUGGUUGGUUGAUUUGCAUUUUGUAUUUUUAUUUUCUGUUCUUAUUUUUUAAGUUUGACUUAUAGAAUAUAUUUAAAAUCAAUGAGUAUUUUUUACUAUGUAUGUGACUUAGGCUUUUUUACUAUGUAUGUUUAAAAUCAAUGAUUUAGGCUUUUUUGACACAGGCCUUUCUUUUAUUACUACUAUAAACACUGCCCUUUUUCCAUCUACCAGUUUGAUUAUUUUCUAUGAACAUGAUUCUCUAUCUUUCUUUCUAAUUGUGAAUUAUAAUUACUUGAUUAAUUAACUAUUUCCCUUGCUACCUGCUCUUAUCAGCUGUCUCUUAACUAGUGUUUUGAGUUACUUCUAUUUGCUUAUGGUUAUUUGUUGUUAAGGCUGAGAUUUACUCUAGAUUGAAAGCAUUUGUAUUGGUGCACCCACAUAUUUGAGCUAAUACUCACCUUGAGAGAUAUUAUGCCAAAGCAAAAACUGAGGUACAAAGAGCUUGAGAUAGAUCUAGCAGUUUACUAGCAGGGCUGUUCUAUGUAAAUAUUUUCGUAUUUGUACUUUAUCAUCCACCACAAUGCCAUGCUGCAGCUUGAAUUAUUACAUAUCUUUGCCAACUUAGAAUUUCGCUUCAAUGUGUGAUAGGCAAGGUUUACAUAAAGUUGGGUGUGGAGAUUUCUGCUGAUGUUGAACUUGUAGAACCAUUACAAGAAUCCUGUAUAUGGCGACAAGCUAAAGGUUUAGUUACUGAAAUUUCUGGAAUUGAUGAUGGUCUAGGAUCCAUAGACAAGGCUAGUGUUGCACAACAGUGGUACGAUGAACUGGAUGAUCUUGCCGCUCCUAAACCCGAAACAGAAAUGGUUGUUGAAGAUGAUAAUCUGAAUAACAAUUUGGUUGUUGACGAUAAGAAAAUUUGCAUCAACUGUUGUGUUUGCAAUAGCCCUGGAACAAGUGAGGAAGGGAAGCUGAAAGGGUGGGAAUUGGAUGCAUGUGGUGACUGUUGGGUGAGUGAAGGCUGUCUGCUUGAUUCAAAUGACACUCCUACACCCAUUGACGCUUACAUGCAUUUGCUUGGAUUUCUUCUGUUUCUGGGAUUAAAGUGGGUACUGGUUUUUCUCUCACCAGUUUCUUGUUAUUGCUUUUGAACAAGCACUUGUUGAGUUUAACUAGCAACAAUGGAUAAAUAUUGGAUUGCUAAGCCACGAAACUCAUAUGAAUAUAUAGUUGGUCUAGAAAACUUCUUGGAUUUUGCAUUUCAACAUGGAGCAAUUGGGAAUAGUAAGAUAAUAUGUCCGUGUCCAAGUUGUGGGUUUCGCAAAUGGCAUGCUCGAAAAGAUGUUAGAGAUCAUUUACUUUACAAACCAUUCCCUAAAAAUUAUGUUGUAUGGAACUUUCAUGGCGAGAAAGAAGUAACCAAAUUCUCAACAAGUGCACAUGUCAUACACGAGACAUUGGCAACUGAACAUCCCCUAGAUAACAUGGUAAAUGAUGCUUUCGGGAUACAUAUGGAUUAGGAGAGUGGUGAAGAUUCAGGCAUGGAAGAUUUUGUAAACGAUGAGCCAACAGAAAAUCACAGAGACUUUGAUGAGUUUCUCAAGGAAGGCAAUCAAAAGCUACAGGAAGGAAGCGACUUCACAAAGCUAGAAUUCAUAGUCAAAUUGUAUCAUAUUAAAGUCUUGUGUGGACUAAGUGACAAGGCCAUUAUCAUGAUACUUGAGUUGGUGAGGGAUGCUUUUAGUUGUGUGAAUUUGCCUACGACUUUUGAUCAGGCAAAGAAACUAAUUCAAAAACUAAGUCUUGACUAUGUUAAGAUAGAUGCUUGCCCCAAUGAUUGUAUGUUGUUUGAGGAUGAAGACCCAAACAACAUCCAACAAACAUGCAGUCAUUGUGGUGCUUCUAGGUGGAAUUCUAAGAAGAAGAAGAAGAAAAAGCAAGCUGCCAAGGUUUUGAGAUACUUUUCGUUGAAACCAAGGUUGCAAAGAUUGUUCAUGUGUCGUAAAACUGUAGAGCAUAUGUUAUGGCAUGCAACAGCGAAGGGAGAAAAUGACAAAAUGGUGCAUCCAAGGGAUGGUGAGGCGUGGAAGACUUUUGAUUUAACACACAGAGAGUUUGGAUUGCAACCUAGAAAUGUUCACUUAGGACUUGCUAGUGAUGGUUUUAAUCCUUAUAGAUCAAUGAGUUCUACUCAUAGCAUUUGGCCUGCGUUUCUGAUUCCAUAUAAUCUUCCUCCUUGGAUGUGUAUGAAACACACUUCCUUUAUCCUGUCAAUGGUUAUACCUGGCAAGCAUAGUCCCGGAAAUAAUAUUGACAUAUAUCUUAAACCACUUGUCAGAGAGUUAAAAGAAUUAUGGGAUGAGGGUAUGGAAAUUUAUGAUGCAUCAGAACAUAAAAUGUUUAAAAUUCAUGCAGCUCUUAUAUGGACAGUUAGUGAUUUUCCUAGUCUAAGCAUGCUCUCCGGAUGGAACACAUAUACUGGUUUGGCUUGCCCAACUUGUAAUUUUGAUGCAAAACCUUGUUAUCUUAAUCAUAGCAAAAAAUGGUGUUAUAUAGGUCAUCGACGUUUUCUUGGUAGACAACAUCGAUUCAGAUUAAGUAGAGUUCAUUUUGAUGGACACACAGAAGAACGUGAUCCCCCAACUAUAUUAUCAGGAUCCAAAAUUCUGGCACAAGUAGAAAAUAUUGAUGUUACAUUCGGAAAGAAAGAAAAGUUGAACAAGAAAGGAAAAAGAGGUAGGCAAGCAACUAUGCAAAGUGGAGAAAGAGAAGCAUCUUUUUUGAACUUCCAUAUUGGAAAACCAACUUGUUGCGUCAUAACCUUGACUUUAUGCACAUUGAGAAAAAUGUAUGCGAUAAUAUUUUGUAUACUUUGCUCAAUGAGAAAUCUAAAACAAAAGAUAAUCUCAAUGCCCGAAAAGAUCUACAAGACAUGGGAAUAAGGCGUGAUCUUUGGCCAGAUGAUAAUGGAAAAUAUCACCUUGCUUUGUAUUCACUAACACGAGAUGCUAAAAAGGUCUUUCUUGCAACUUUGAAGAAUGUUAGAGUGCCCGAUGGUUACUCAAGUAAUAUAUCUCGAUGUAUUGAUGAGGCACAACAAAAAAUCAUUGGACUUAAAAGUCAUGACUGUCAUAUUUUGAUUGAGCAGUUGCUUCCACUAGCAAUCCGUAAUGUGCUGCCAAACCAGGUUACCUCAGUUUUGAUAGAGUUCUGCUCAUUUUUUAGAAUUCUCUGUGGUAAGAGUCUAAGUCGUACAGAACUUGAUAAGCUCCAAGAUCGCAUUGUGAUUACUCUUUGCCAUUUGGAAAUGUUAUUUCCUCCAUCAUUCUUCACUGUUAUGGUGCAUCUAACAGUCCAUCUUGUUGAGAAAGCAAAACUUGGGGGGCCAGUCCAUUAUCGAUACAUGUAUCCUAUCGAAAGGAAAUUGGGACACUUGAAGUUCUUUGUACGAAAUAAAGCACAUCCAGAAGGUUCUAUUGCUGAGGGUUAUUUAGCUGAAGAGUCUCUUACUUUCUGUUCUUGGUAUAUUGACGACAUGGAGACUAGAUUUAACAGGCCUAGUCGUCUUUGUUAUGAUCCCCCUUAUGAAAUGUCUUCAGUCUUGCCCAAGUUAGGUACUCCACAUGGAGGCCAUUCAAACUUCAAUUUAACUAAAAUAGAGAAGUUGCAAGCUCAUCGUUAUGUGGUUUACAAUCACGAAGGUGUGAAACCAUAUAUCAAUGCCUUUAGAGACCACAUUAGGAGAACUUCAAAGGGAAGAAGACUCUCACCUGCAGAGAUAGAAAAGAAAGUUAAUAAAGAUUUUGUUGAUUGGUUUCAAGCAUUGAGUGUGAAUCCAGAUAAUCCAUACGAAAUGUCAACUGAUAUAAAGUUUCUUGCACGAGGCCCAAUGAUGAAUGCAAGGAGAUUUUCUGUUUAUGACAUCAAUGGGUAUAGAUUUCGAACUUUGACUAGAGAAUUUGGUCUUAAGACACAAAAUAGUGGAGUAUUCUUAGUCUCUAACACACCCUGCAUUGCAAGUAUUGCUGAUAGAAAUAUGAGACAAGAAAAUUUGCCAUAUUAUGGCAAGUUAGAAGAUAUAAUUGAACUUAACUACCAUGGACAAUUUGCUGUUGUUCUUUUUAAAUGCAAAUGGGCUGACACUACUAGGGACAGAGGCUAUAAAAAGGACCAUUGGAAUUUCAAUUGUGUCAAUUUUGAUAGAUUAAUUCACACGGGUGAGCGUGAGGAACAUGAACCUUAUAUUGAAGCAUCUCAAGCACAAAUGGUGUAUUAUGUUGAUGAUAUGGUAAAUAAAGGGUGGAGUAUUGCUGUGCAUGUCAAGCCAAGGGAUAUGUAUGACAUAGGUCAAGGAAAUGAAGAUAUAGUGUACGAAAAUGAGCCGUAUCAAGAGCAAGAACUUGAACAAUUAUUUGACCCCAAUAAUGAGUACAUCCAAUUAGCUACCAAUUUAUUAGAUAGCGAUGCUAUUGAAGAUAAUGUAGCUACUAACUUGGCAAGGGAUAUGUUUGAAUGAAAGUUUGUACAAAAUUUUACCAAAGAUUUCAUAUGGAAAGACAACCACUAAUAAUAAUUAGUAGAGGCAGAGCUUUGUACUGAAGUUGGAAUUGUUACCAGAGAUAUACUCGAUGGCUCAUGGACCAUGACUAUCACUAUCAGUCGCCAUGCCCAAAAAGAAAAAGGCAUAAAUUACAGGCUUGUGGAUGGUGCUAAUUCUAUGCUACUGUUUUUAUAUAUUAGAUGGUGCUACUUCUAUGCUACUGAUUUUAUUUUGAGGCUUUUUUGUAAUUAGAUGAUAUUGAAAUAUUAAAGUUGUAUUAUUUUACUUUUUAAAGAAAAACAAUAAUAGUUAUGUAGAACAAUAUCAUAUGGAAUUGUGUUUGGAACUAUUGA